CUACUAUUCUAAGCAACCGGGGCCUUGUUGAUCAGCCAGGACUGCAACGCUUGCAGCAUAAACGGGGUCACAUUGUCCAUUGCCCUCCGAGUAGUAUAUUUGACACUUGCCCAGACGACCACUUGGAUACGAAUCGCACAUAUUUCUCGACCGUUCUUACCCGGAUCUACAAUUUAUGCUUGACUAAAAAUAAUCAAGGGUACUUUAGUCAGUUGGAGCGUGUUCGCUGAUCGACAUCUCCAUCAGAUAUAUAAGGUAAGAGCGAUGCUCUGUUGAAGACUUCCUUCUCAUUCAAACAUCUCUCCAUCUACAAGACCCACGAUAAACCAUCUUGACGCAAGACACAAAAGAACAUCAAUCAUCGAACAACAGUUCAAAGCCACAAUGAAGUUCACAAACACCAUCGCCCUCCUGGCCUCUGCUUCUUCAGCCAUAGCAGCACCCCUCGAAGCCCGCCACAACCCAGCCAAACCCUUCGAACUCGACAUCUCCUUCAGCAACUCCCCCCUCAACGGACCCAUCCAAGCCUCCAACGGCUCCUUCUGGAUCGGCAAAAAAGCCUCAACCUCAUGCCCCUCCAACAUUUCCCCCUGCCCUCCCGGCACCAACACAUCCUUCACCUCCUCCGGCGACGGCAAACUCUUCCUCAAUGCCGAAGUGCCAGGUGGACAGCAAGUGUACAUCCGACCCGAUGGACUCCUAACCUACACCAUCCCUCACUCCGCCGCCAUGCCCGCCGGUUCUCAAAUCAGUGGGUUUGAAAUCUCGCCGUUGAAUCAGGUUGGCAAGUUUUAUGAUUAUUGGUUGUGCAGUGAGGAUGCUACGGAUAAGGCUUAUCGUAUUUGGUUGGAGUAUAGAGAUGAGAAUGGAGCGGUCAAGCAGAAUGGCUUUACGGGGAAAAAUGCAUGUACGAUGGUCAGUUUGUUGGCUAAGGAUGUCAAGGAGGGGUUUGCUGCUUGGGAGUAUAACUAGUGUUGGAUGAGGAAGAAGAAUUAUGAUAAUGAUGGGCUCUUACGGGUUAUCUGUUCUUGUAGCAUGAGUGGUCGCAUAGCAUGUUCAGAUGAUAAUUGAAUCUCACAAUGCGAUCCGGAUAAGCACCAAAUCAAAUAUCACCCUUC